AUGAAUAUGUUGGAUGAUGAAGAUGACCAAAUCUUUCGCGCUACGCGUGCCGGCUACUCCCAUUUGAGCGAUGUCGAAUGGGAUGCGGUUGAACGGAUGGGUUCAACCAUGGGCAUCCUUGCUGUUAGCGUCAUGCUAGAGGCUCUCAAUAGAGAUGCCCAACAUGCUACUAUAGCCAAGUUCAUUCAAAAUGAACUUGACGCCGAACGCGAGAAAGUAGCCUUGCUUCACCAACAAGGUUCUCAACAAGCAGAGUUGUUGAGAGAACAGGGUGUUCAACAGUUUGAACUGCUGAGACAGCAGCAGGCUGCUGCUGGUGGGUCGAUGCACUCGCGUCGACCCGAGACCUUGAAGAUUGACAUCUCCAAGUAUAGGGGAGUCGAAGAGGACUCCCUCUUGAGAUGGUUCGUCGAAUUGGAUGACGCCAUAAGGGCGCGUCGCAUCGACGAUGGGGAUAUGCAAGUUGCAUUUGCCCAGUCAAAUCUGGCAGGACGUGCCAAGGCUUGGGCACUGGGGCUCAAGUUGCACGACCCUUUUGCGUUUGGGUCGUUGGAAGUCUUCAAGUCGCGGCUCAGACAAACGUUUGAACCGCCUAGAGCUGAGUUCAGAGCUCGAACCGAACUCUUGGAGCUCAAACAAGGUAAGCGUGAUGUGCACGCUUACGCACAACAUACACGACAUCUUACGAGUUGUAUAAGUUCCAACACGGUUGAUGAACACACGUUGGUUUCGGUGUUCAUGCAGGGUCUUGCGGAUGGUCCCGUCAAGACUCGCCUGUUCCGACUUGAACUAGAUUCACUAGAACAAGCCAUUUCCAUUGCGGAACAAAAAGACUUCAGUCUGAGACAGGCUCGCGCCAGGCUCGCGUCAGCUCGAUAUCAUAUCGUCAAACCGAGGCGAUAUGACAGCGGAGGUCCAGAGCUGAUGGAACUCUGCUAUGUAGAGAGCGAGAAGGCUCGCUCUACAGACUACAUGAAAUAG